AUGUUUUCUUUACAAUCCUUUAAUUCCAAAGAAAGUUUGGAUGAAUUUCUACCAAUGUUUCACAAUAAAGAUAACAAAAAAGCCAUCAUAUAUCAAAAAGAAUAGAAUAUCAUCAAAUAUUUAAAACAAAUAGGUCUAAUUAUGAAAACUGAUCCACUUAAAAAAUAACAAGAACACUACUAGUAAUAUUUUCAUAAUGCUCUUUAUUAGAAAAACAAAAAUAAUUGAAGUCUUCGUAUCCCAAACUGAAAAUGAUGGUUCAGAUGAAGAAGAAAGAUCAUUAUCAACCAAUGAAGUAAGUCCUUCAGAAGUGAAUGCAAAUGAAUUUUGUAUUUUUAACAAUCCCUUUCUCUUAAAAGGAAGAAAGCUAGAUUUAGAAAGAAAGCAUUCUUUUGAGAACUUGGAUCUUUAAUGAAAC